AUGGCGGAGACCACGAAGCCGCCAGAGUUGCGGCGGAGUACCCUCAACAUCGCCAACCUCCCUGAAGAGAUCAUCUCGGAGAUUUUCCUCUUGCUGCCGCCGAAAUCCGUCCUCCUGUCCCGCGCCGUCUGCAAGGCAUGGCGCCAAAUCACUUCCGACCGCGCCUUCCUCCUCUCCCACCACCGCCGCCAACCUCAGCGGCGCCUCCUCACCUUCGUCCGCGACGUGGGAACUCGCCAUGACAACCUGGGACUCGUUGACUACUGCGUCGAAGCUCUUGACUUCCGCAAGCGCGAGUUCCGGUCCGUCGUUCGCUUCACCUUCGACGACUACGACUGCUUAGCGAGUGACGCCCCGUUCGCCGUCCACGCUGCCUGCGGUGGUCUCCUGCUCAUGUCCUUCAGAAAUCGUUUCUAUCUCUGCAGUCCGACCACACGUCAGUGGGUUUCCGUCUUCCCACCCGCGCUUAAACAUGUCAAGGCUGCCGGGCUUUAUGUUCAUGACUCCGAGUACCGAGUAUUGUACUACCGAGAAAUUGGUUUGGAAAGUACAUUCUACAUCAGCUCGGUGGGAUCAGGGAGUGAGAGUUACAUACUGGUGUUCGACACCAUAGCUGAAGUGUUCUGGUUGUUGGAUGCACCUGUUAAGAAUUUAGCUUUGGUGUCAUCCUUGCUUGAGAUUGAUGGCAUGCUUGCAAUAUCGAACAGUAAUGUCGGUGGAUCAAAGGUGAAUCUUUGGCUUCUGCAGGACUACAAAGAGAGCCUUGUUCCACAUGCACUCUUCCGAGAACAAGAGAAUAGAGCUGCACGUGAUCCACCUUUCUUCAGGGGGCUGUAG